AUGAAAUUUUUUGGAAAUAUUCCAAGAAGUAUAAUGUCUAGUGGUAAGAUUUCUCAGCCUAAAUGGAUGCAGCCUGAGCCAAAUGGGAAGGGCAAACGUGUGUUGAAAUUGUACAACAGUUUAACUAGAAACAAGGAAGUUUUUGUACCGAUUUCUGGUGGUAAGUCUGUUAGUUGGUAUUCAUGUGGUCCUACUGUCUAUGAUGCUGCUCACAUGGGUCAUGCUAGAAACUAUGUUUCAAUUGACAUCAAUAGAAGGUUGUUGCAAGAUUAUUUUGGUUAUGAUGUUAAAUUUGUACAAAAUGUAACUGAUAUUGAUGAUAAGAUUAUUUUGAGAGGUAGACAGAACUAUCUUUUUGAACAAUUGAGGUUGACCAAGAGUAGGGAUGAAAUUCUGGAAGAAGUGAAAUUGGCAUCUUUGGAAUACACAAAGAAGAAUUUACCUAGCUAUCAGCAUGAAGGUUUGGGUGAAUUUGAGAAAUGGUAUGCUGUCCAGGAUGCAGAGAAAGAGAAGCUGAGUAACGCUAAGUUCCCCAUGCAUGUUAAUGCUGUUAGAAGUGCGUUAGAAAGUAAGAAUUAUGAAGGUGAUGAGUUUUAUGAAAAAGUGAAAGAUGUGAUGAUGCCAUAUCUGGACGGUAUUUCUGGAUCAAGUGUGAACGAUAGAGAGGUGUUUAGAAAAUUGUCAGCCUUUUGGGAAGAGAAAUACGACGAUGAUAUGCGUUUGUUGAACGUGUUAGCCCCCGAUGUAACUACGAGAGUGUCUGAGUACGUUCCUGAAAUUGUGGAAUUUGUUAAGAGAAUUGUGGAUAACGGUUAUGGCUAUGCUACUGAAGAUGGUUCUGUGUAUUUCGACACUACUAAGUUUGACAGGGACGAAAAGCAUGCCUAUGCGAAGAACCAACCAUGGAACAAAGGUGAUUUGGAGUUGGUUAGUGAAGGUGAAGGUUCCCUGGUAGGAAGCACCAGCGGUAAAAGGUCAUCUAGCGACUUCGCUCUUUGGAAAGCUUCAAAGGAUGGUGAACCUCGUUGGGAAUCUCCUUGGGGUGAAGGUAGGCCUGGAUGGCACAUUGAAUGUUCCGUGAUGGCCAGUGACAUCUUGGGCUCUAACAUUGACAUACACAGUGGUGGUAUUGAUCUAGCAUUCCCUCAUCAUGAUAACGAAAUGGCUCAAAGUGAAGCCUGUUUUGACAAUUAUCAAUGGGUAAACUAUUUCCUACACACUGGUCAUUUACACAUUGAGGGCCAAAAGAUGUCGAAAUCUUUGAAGAAUUUUAUUACCGUGCAAGAAUCGUUGAAGAUGUAUAGUUCUAGACAACUGAGGUUAGCAUUUUGUUUGACCCAGUGGAACAACCAGAUGGAUUUCAAAGAGAGUUUGAUGCAAGAAGUCAGAGGUAUGGAAUCUCUGUUUGGUAAUUUCUUUACUAAUGUUAGGGCAUUACAGCACGAUAUUGGUGCAGGUGCAUCCAAGAAGCUUGGCGCUCUUGAGCGUGAAUUGCUGGCAGGAUUGGAUGAUAGCAAGGAUAGAGUGGAUGAAGCAUUCUGUGACAAUUUGUCUACUCCAACGGCGAUGAAAUCCUUGGCUGAAUUAGUAUCCCAGAGUAAUAUUUACAUUAGCAAAGCCGGUACUGAAGUUAGAAUCGAACCUUUGGUGGAUGUAGUUAAGUUUGUGACUAGGAUUUUGGGUAUAGUGGGUGUUCCUGUUCGUGCUGACGGUUUUGGUUGGGAGAGUGGAGAGUCUCGUGGCGGUGGUAGUGUUGAAGAGUUAGCAUUGCCCUAUGUGAAGUGUUUAUCGAAGUUUAGAGAUGAAGUGAGAAGCAUGGCCAUCGAUAAUGCGGAUAAGAAGGAAUAUCUUGGUUUAACCGAUCGUGUGAGGGACCAUGACCUGCUGGAAUUAAAUGUUGCAGUUGACGAUCGAGCCGGUCAAGGUGCUUUGGUCAAAUUCGUUACUGCAGACGAGAAGAAAGCUAUUUUAGAAGAGAGAGCUGAAGGUGAAAAGAGGAAAGCGGAUAAGAUAGCCAAGGAGAAAGCUAAAAAGGAAAAGGCUGUUGCCGAGGAAGCAGAAAAAGCUGCAAAGGCUUCUAUUCCACCCCAGGAGAUGUUUAAAGACCCUUCGCUCUAUAGCGAGUGGGACCAAGAAGGUAUACCCACGAAGGAUAAGGAUGGUAACGAGAUUACAAAGAGUAUGACUAAACGUCUGAAGAAGCAGUGGUUAAAUCAGGAGAAACUUUAUAAAUCUAAAUAG